AACUACAGUCCUCCUGAUGUCUGCCUCCCGAGUAGCUAACUCCCAGGCACAAGCCACUGGCACCCAUUUUUUAAUUGAAAUGGAAAGGGCUUGGAGCAUUAAGCCUCUCCGUAAGACCAGCCUGUGAGGAUGAAGUCACAGUCAAGGUCAGGAGGCUAGGGUAUACCUACAGAGUAUCAAAGUACAAAAUAUUAUUGGGUCCACCUGAGUCUGGGGUUUAAGGUUUUCUAGGGCUGGGGUUUGAACUCAGGGCCUCAUGCCUUUUAGGCAGGCACUUUACCACUUGAUCCAUGCCCUGAGUCUUUGUUUUGUUAAAGAAUAAUUAUUGUUUUAGGAAUUGAUGUUGACCCACCUUAGAAGGGGUGACUGGAAAACAUCUUGUGACAUCCCAGUGACUUGGGUGGACUAUUGUGAUCUUAACAAAGACUCUUAAGUGUUGGAAAGUGCAUUGGUAGCUCAAGUCUGUAAUCCUAGCUACUCAGGAGGCAGACAUCAGGACGAUUGCAGUUGGAAGCCAGCGUGGACAAAUAGUUCAUGACACCCUAUCUUGAAAAAAUCCAUCACAGAAAAGGGCUGGUGGAGUGGCUCAAGGUGUAGGCCCUGAAUUCAAGCCCUACUACCACAAAUAAGUGAUAGACCGCCUACUUAGCAAGUGUGAAGCCCUGAGGCAGGUCACGGGGUGAAGGUGUGAAGACGAGCUUGCGGCAGGGUCUGGUCACCUGCAGGGGUGCGCACAGCGCAGGUGGAGAAACGCAGAGAAACGCGAAUACUUGUCCCUGGGAGGGAACUGCACGAGAGGCAUGGACACCAGAGACAGUUGGUCACCUUAGCGGGCCGCACAAUGAGCUUUAAAGAGAGGGCAAACAGGUGCCUGUGAGGGAGAGAGACCCACCCACCCUCCGGAAUGUUAGUAAGAAAGGAGCAGUGAGUUUCUCGAAACAAAAGAAGGGUUGUUUCAAGUUUAUAGAAUUAAAGUUGGAGAGUUCCAUUACGAAGGGAGCUGGAGGGCUGGCGGAGUGGCUCAAGAAAUUAAGAGCGCCUGCCUAGCAAGCGUAAGGACGUAAGUUCAAACCCCAGUACCGCCAAAAAUUAAAGAGGGCGAUCGUUGGGAAACGAUCUUGUAAAGAGUUCCACAUAAAUGCUGAACUAGUAAUUUAAAAUACCGCGCAGUCCUUGUGCUGGGGACCGGAGUCCGCUACAGCCGUUGUGACACGCAGAGCCGCUGGGGGGCGCUGGAGGACAGCGAGCGGCGUUUACGCAUGCGUACACGGCUUCUCACGCGCACCUGUUCAGACUCGCACCAAGGUCCACGCACGCGUACAACGUCCAGCUGGGUACCCAGGCGCACGCAUGCGCACGGCCCCUAGCAGCCGUGCGAGGCGUUCUUUCAAUUACUGUUGGAAGCGCUGGAGGUGGCGGAGCCCAGUCAGCGGUCACGGAAAUCCGAGCGACGUCCCAGGGAUGAGCACAAUGGAUGACAUCGACGACGUCGUACGGGCGGGAGCAGAUGGCAGGUGUCAGGCCCGGGAGCUCCAGGAAGCCCUCCUGGCCGCAGCCGCCCGGCCCGUGGCGCGAGUCCCGGGCCUGGAGUCGGUGCCACACCUCUACCGGCCGUUCAGCCUUCUGGAAAUCCACCAGCAGCGGCUGUUCCACCAUUACCUGCACAGCUCGCCCAUGAUCCCGGCGAGACUGCUGCGAGACAUCGAGGAGCGCCGCCGGCUGUUCGUGGAGGGCUGCCGGGCCCGCGAGGCGGCCUUCGACGCCAACCCCCCGCCGCUCGGCGCGGACGCGCUGGCCUUCACGCUGGCCCUGGCCGCCUCCGCUGGCGGCCCCGUGCCCCACUAAGCGGGACGCCGGGGCCACGGGCGGGGGACGCGCGGGGUCGCCGGCGCCCCCGGCUUCUCACGUGCGUUCGUGGAAACUGCGUGGCUUUGCAGAGAUAAACGUGUAAGAAAACUUGCGGCUGAUGGAACCCAUGGAAACCAGCCGAGAGGACAAAAGAAACGCAGGAGAUGCGGUUGCUAGGAAACCAGUGGUGUCGCCAGGAUGGCCAGCAUGCCAGAGGGAAGCGGAAGUGGCCGGAUUCGCGGUCGCACGGUCAGCCGGCGGAUCUUUGUAGGGCUAGCGAAGUGCUGCAGAUGAAUUCUGAAUAUUCAAGUCCAAACACUCAUUGUGAGAGAAAUCUCAAGCCAUGGGAAGCGGGUAGCUGUGGGAAUGGGUGUUCAUGGUUAAACUUUCUAUUUGAUUCUAGAAUGUGUGUUCACAAGAGUCAGAAGUAUCAAAAUCUGUGCGGUGACAAGUUAACCUCCUGUUCCUGCCCUCUGCCUGCCAAAUUGGGAACUAUUUCGAACAGAUGUCACUGUUGGCGACUUGGAGGUUUGUUUGCUUUUCCUUGGGUUUGUUGUUUUUACUUUGUCUUUUAACAGUUU